ACUCGUGAGAGAAUGACCCACUCUUACAGAAACAGCUGCCUUAUCAUAAUAAUAUGAAUUUGACCUUGUAGUUAUACAGUCAUGGCGAGCUUGAUUCGUUUAAGCACUUUCUGCCAAAGAGGGAUAAGACCUGUGCCUCUCUGCACAACCCACCUGUCUCGUGGGUUCGUUGCCCACCAGAAGAAUCGAGAUGUAGAGCCUUUCCGACUGACAGCAGGGAGAAUCCGCGCAGCUUCAUCACCUUACACUGUCUCAAGUUCAAGGGCAGCCUCCAAACACUGGACGGGUGAACGGGUGUUGAGUAUAGUUCUGUUAGGUGUGGCUCCAGCCGCAUACUUGUGUCCUGGUCCGCUAGUGGAUUACUCUAUUGCUGCAGCUCUCACACUGCAUGGACACUGGUGGGAACCUGUUUAUCUCUCACUCGGGGAUUGGUCAAGUCCUAACAGACUAUGUCCAUGGAGAGGCUCAGGUCAAGCUGGCUAAAGCAGGCGUCUUGUUGCUCUCCACAGCCACAUUCUUUGGUCUCUGCUAUUUCAAUUACCAUGAUGUUGGUCUCUGCAAGGCGGUUGCCAUGCUCUGGCAAAUAUGAUUAUAUGGCCAGAAUUAAACUGACUGACUUAAUCACCAUUUUAGGUACUUGAGGCACCUAUCUUCAGCUUAACAGAAGACAACAUACAGUCUCUUAACAUGUUUGGUUAAUAUUUGUCCAGGUGACCACCACGGGUGUUAAUAAUUAGCUUUUUCCUUAUUAGUACUGUACAUGAGAACACAUGAGGUCUCUAUGUUUAGUAACUAUGUUAGUAUUUAUUAUUUCAGCAGUUAUUGUCAAUAUCCAGCAGAGGUCAGUGCUUUUCAGUUUUAUUGGGAAUGCCUCAUUAUUAUUAACAGUGUCUGUGCAGGUCACAUCUGUUUACAUUAUGCUUUAAAACCAACAAAUUUACUUGAAUACACAUGUGCAUUUGUUUUAUUUGAAUCAUGAUAAUGUAAUCUUAACAAUAUUAAGAGUCUAUAGGGCAAAUACACAAUCUGGUUAUUGUACAGUGAAUAUAGAUCUGGUUAUUGUACAGUGAAUAUAGAUUUAAUAGAUUUUUGCUGAGAUUUAAUAAUGUUUUUUCUUGAAUAACGUUGAUUUAUAGUUAUAGUUUAAUAACCACAAAUGAAAAAAAUCAUGUAGUUAUUUGUUUCAUGUUAAAUCAAUGGACUGCCUUAUACUCUUUAUCAGUAGUAGAAAUUAGCAAAGAUUUGCCAGUGCAGUGCAAUCAUAUGAUAUAAUAAAAAUUCUAAUAGAUAUUAUAGGUAUAAUUAUAGAUAUAAUUAUAUAUUUGUUCAACAUUUUUUACUUGGCAUCAGCGACUGAGACUUUAAUAGGGGACCAACCACUCACAGAUUGCAUGUUUCACAACAAGUUUGUUUUGUAAGUUUGAUUUGAACAUGGAUGGGCAACACUAGUGGGACCUUGAUCUCUUUACAGAAUACAAAUAAAGGGUAAAUAAUGA